ACGAGUCUUCGGUUAUUUACUUAUUUUCCAUGUCGCCCCGCAUUCUGCGUACAGCAAACACAGCACCAGAAAGAAAUGGCGGUUUUGGGGCGAUUAGCGAGGACAGCGAGUGCGGGGCGUAAGAUCAACGCUUCUAAAACCAUAAUCCCUUCGCUUACUCCCUCGUGUAACCUUCUUUGUCCUCCAUUUCAACGAUCUUUUGAACACCAGAUUCAUUCCAGUAGAUCAGAGAUGUGGCGUCUACUGUCAGCACCUAAUUUCUCUGGCAAAUAUUUUUUAUUUCCAGCUGUCUUAGCUGGUUUAUUUGGAGGAGCAAUGCUAGAUAUAGCCUAUGCAGAUACUGAUGAGGCUGCUGCCAAACCUCCUCUGCCAUCAGCAUCUCCUUCAAGUUAUGAGCUCCUGGUGGAGAUUGCCCACAAAGAACGGAAGCGGGUUGAAGAUUCACUCAGAAGUAGAGGAGUGAAACAUGGUUCUUAUCCCCAGUUUAAUGUUGCUGUCAAGGGCCAAAAGGUCACCAUCAAGUUCCAAGUUCCUACUACAUGUGAAAUUCCCCAGCUGAUCGCAAACUUGGUUUCACAUCUAGGACUAAAAGUUGAAGAGCGUAGUGGUGGUUCACAUAUGGCAUUGCGUGCUUGGGACAAUGCAGUUGCUUGGCAAUUAGCACUUACUUAUCCAAAAGCGCAGAAGGAGAUUGGUGUGGAUCAGGGACGUCAAGGAGAUUUAGAUACAAAUGAAGAUCUAUGCAUUCUCAUAUUCCGUCCGCUUAUCAGUUCAGAUAAAGCAGAAAUUGAGUUCAUGAAAACAGGAGGCUUUAGCCCUAAAGAGAUUGAUGCAUUGGUGUCCAUUUUACAAUUUGCUGGUACAAAAUUAUCUCAAAAUAAAGCUGUGGAAAGAAAACCAAGGGAGGGUUCCGCACGGAUACCCAAUGCGGAAAAAUCAGCUUCCAAUCUGGAGGCCAUGGGUGUGAAAAUUUAUGGGCUCGAUGAGCCCCAUGGGAGUUCCAUAAAUAGUGACAUAUCCUGGGACAAUAUUGCUGGGUAUGACCAGCAAAAGCGAGAAAUAGAAGAUACAAUAUUAUUGUCUCUCCAAAGUCCUGAAGUAUAUGAUGAUAUUGCGCGUGGGACUCGACGUAAGUUUGAGUCCAAUAGACCCAGAGCUAUACUCUUUGAAGGUCCACCAGGUACGGGGAAAACAUCUUCUGCUCGUGUUAUUGCUAAUCAAUCAGGCUUCCCACUACUUUAUGUGCCACUGGAGGUUGUCUUGUCGAAGUACUAUGGGGAAAGUGAACGCUUGUUAGGAAAAGUUUUUUCACUUGCCAAUGAGCUUCCUAAUGGUGCUAUCAUAUUUCUAGACGAGGUUGAUUCUUUUGCUGUUGCUCGUGAUAGUGAAAUGCAUGAAGCUACACGAAGAAUCUUGUCAGUGUUGUUACGACAGAUAGAUGGAUUUGAACAAGAUAAAAAGGUGGUUGUUAUUGCUGCUACAAAUAGGAAGCAAGACCUUGAUCCUGCUCUAAUUAGUCGGUUUGAUUCAAUGAUUACCUUUGGCCUUCCUGAUCAGCAGAACCGUCAAGAAAUAGCCGCUCAGUAUGCAAAGCAUCUGACCAAGUCUGAAUUGGAGGAUUUUGCCAAAAUAACAGAGCAUAUGUCUGGAAGGGAUAUUAGAGAUAUCUGUCAACAAGCAGAGCGAUCAUGGGCAGCCAAGAUAAUUCGAGGACGAGCAAAUCAAACUGGAGAACAAAGGUCUCUUCCUCCUUUGCAGGAAUACAUCGAAAGUGCCAUUAAUCGGCGGAAUGCACUACUCGGCAUUGAGGAACAGAGAAUACUGGAUUCUCAAUAUCGCACAAGAAAGGCUCCACUGGAUUUAGCAUGAUUAAACUUUUCUGGUGGAGAUAUUAUGCACAGAUUUUCAUAUUUUACGGUCUGCCUUUUUCCUAGACUUGGUACCAAAUCUAGAUAGAUCAUGAACAAUAUCCAGCUUAACUUACAUAUUUGAUGAAGGUUCAACAUUUUACUUUCUAUGCAAGUAGCUUGUACAUGAAGACGUCCAGGCAGUGAUCCUUGGAAGGGGAGCUAAGGUCCGCUAUUUGUUU